AUGGACAAUAAGCUGAUUUCAAGCAAAGGGUGUGGAACAUCAUAUAACUGCCUUACAUGUCAUUUGCUUUGCAUAGUGCAGCUUAUUUUUUCAGAUUCAUGUUUGCAAUAUUGGUUCAUAAUCAUCGCAGAUGAAAUUAGCAACUCGAGUGAGCAAUUCAUCUUGCUAAACACUGUUUUCAACAUUGCUAAAGCUGUUGAUUUCUGGAGAAACCCUGCCAAUCAUAGUUUUACUGUUUACGUCAGGAUUAUCCGAAAUAACUACCUCUUAACACAUCUCCAAUGGAAGCUAUCUAAUCUGUGUAUUGUCAUAAUGCCUCGAUGCAAAUCAUCAAAUCCUUGUUCAACUUCAUCAAACAAGGAGAACUCCUUUCAUAUGGGAUACACGCGACGAGAAUCAAGCCUGGAAACUGAUCAUGAACAACACUUUUGUACUGAUAAUGUAUACAUAUUUGUUCGAGGAAUUAAUCAGUUUCUUGAAUUCUUCAAGGGAAAAAAGAUAAGCUCUUUUAAGCUAUGCUAUUGUCUUGUUCAUAGUGUGACCGAUGAUAUGAAUCGAUGGGUUAGGUUUGCAGUACAAAUGGGUGCUGAAACUCUGUAUCUUGGAUUACAAUGUAAGAAACAUCGGCGCCUACAUGUUUCUAAGACCGCGCAAGUAAAGUAUGUCUUAGAGAAAGACAUAUUCGGGGGCGGUAGACAGAAUAAUGUAAAGCAUUUGCACUUAGUUGAUUGCUGCAUAGGAAAAAGCAUAAGCCAGCAAUUCAGUUACUUGGAAACUCUUGUCAUGGAUCGUUCGCCUCUAGCCCUAUAUGAUCUGCAAAGCGUGUUUUCUUGUUUGCUGAACCUUAGAACUCUAAUGUUCGUAAAAUGUGAUCUUCCUGUCAUGUUAUGCUUUGCUUCUUUACUUGAUCUGAGGGACCUCCGAUUCAUGGGAUGCUCUGGAAUCAAAGGUAUCAAAUUGUCUAAUGCCAGGCUUGAUGGUCUUGUAUGUAUCGAUUGUAAAAGCCUUAUAUUGGAUUUCAGUGGGGCUCCAGUGUUGAGUAACUUGGUCUAUUUUAGUAACAACCAUGUACAAAUUCUCCAAAUUGCUUCUCAAAUUUGUGAAUUAUCCAACAUGACACCAAGUUGACGCGUAUCUAUGUUCGAUCUAGAAUUAACUGGGGUUAUUUAUUUCUAGUGCCAGAGAGGAUGCUUAUCUUCAGCAAUGUGUUACAACUAAAGCUUGAGCUAACGUGCGAAACAGAGUUUGAUAUAUGGAAAAUGAUUUCCAUUCUUAGAGCCUGUCCU